AGUUCCCUGCCCCUUUUCUUGGCGUUUCGGUACCUGAACUGACCUGACCCUGACACCACCGAAUCCUAUUCUUCCUCAAUAUCCACAUUCCUUUUGAGCUCGCCCCCCCCCCACCGCCGCCGUCGUCGUCGUCGUUCCUUCCGGUCCCUACGUCCUCAAAUCACACUCGCUGCUGUACUGUACUGCAUCCCGAGCAUACCAGACGCCGGUCGUCAUUCGCAUUGCACAUCCCGUCCCGAUUUCGAAUUUUUGAAUCGCAGCUCGCAGCUCGCAGCUCGCAAUCAUCGUCAACACCCGCCGCCGCCAUUACCACCGCAACCACCAUUACCACGCUCACUUGAACUCUCCAAUCGAAGCAGCUGCAAAAACAUAACCCUCGAAGGGUAUCGUGAAUUCGAAUCGAAUCGCCACUCCUUACUACUCCUACUCACACCGAUCGCCACUCCCUCGCAACCAUGGUCCACCCCGUUCUCGCCUCCUUUAUCGUGUCGGACUUCAUCUUCCUAGCCACAGGAGUGAUGCUGAUAGCUGCGGCGUCAGUGUGGACGGCGCAAGUGUCAGCGCCGCCCACGGUCGAGUCAGUCGGGCGGCAGCUGCUCCUCCAAAACUGCCCAUUAGUCGCGGUGCUCGCAAAUGGAAUCGUAGUCGUCAUCACGUUCGUCGUAUCGCUGCCGGCGUUUGCGCUGCCAAAUUCGAGGACCUGGCUGAAGAUGCACUCCUGGGGAGUCGUCGUCUGUCUGGUUUUCACGCUCGUGCUGGGAUUGAUGGAAUGGAUUCAGACACUCACUACCCGUGCGAAUCUCGAAGAGAUGUGGGGCCGCCAGAGUGAUGUUACCCAGAGCAUGUUGCAGCAGAAGUUCGAUUGCUGCGGCUAUGUCAACUCGACCUUCCCGCUCUACGUCCCGGAUGCGACCUGCACGAACGAUAUCAUCGCGGCGUCCAAGGAGGGCUGCGUCACGGCGUUCUCGAACUACGGCGAGAAGUGGCUUAAGAACCUAUUCACGGCGGCGUUUGGCGUCGUGGGCAUGGAUGUGGUGCUGCUGCUAUGUGCCGCUAUGGUUAUCCGGUACCGCAAGGAGCAGCUGCGGUAUAGACUUAUCGACCAGAAGUGGGGCGUCGGAAACAUCUAAGCGUCCGUCAGGCGUCAAGCGUCGUCUUCUCCUCUCCGACAGACAGCUACAUAGAUAGAAGUGUGCGUUGGUGUGGAUGUGGGGUAUGAUAGAUUAGGUCCGGUCGACUCCACUCACUCACUGUGGAUCGGAUUUGGGAUUCCAGGAGUUUGUGCUUUUCAUUUUGAUUUUUGUGUUUGGUUUGGGUGGGUUGCUUUUACUUUUAUUGACUGCUGCCUUUUUGCUGUCUUCACUGUCGUUAGAACUUAACACGCAAGCGGAGAGCGGGCGAUAAUUUAGUGCCAAAUUUUUGUAGUUAUACCCAGCAUCAACUUCAUUUCUGUCUGCCUAUCUCCAUAC